AUCGUACCUGGAAAAGAACGCGAAAAAGGGAGAAGGAAGGAAAUGGUUCUUGGAAGUCAAAGUAACUUUAAACUUUUUGGAGUGGAAGAAUUGGGCAAGGGCGGGCGCGGGAUCGUCCUUUGCUUUUGCAAACCUGGAGAAUCCUAAGUGUGACCACGAACACUGUGUGCAACGGUAUGCUAGUUCCUCUAGAAUAUAGUCCUUGAUCAAGCGAUGGGACAUUCUGAUCGAUCAAAUGGAAGAAGAAGAUGUCAAUGCGAGCCAUGAUUGUGGGAAAUUGCGCUGCUAAUCCAGCGCCGCGCUGUGCUUUGGUGCGUUGUUCUUCCUCUUCUUGGCUGGCGAAUCAUCGAUUGAGCGACAUGGAUCGAGCAGAGUGGUGGGUUUUCGAGUUUUUGGCCUUUAUCUCGCGCGCACAGUGUGUGUGUGUCAGAUUAGUUUAGAAAGAAGAUAGCGCGUGUUUGUUUGGUUGUGUUCUUGAGCCCAAAGCAAGAGUUUCUUUAGCUAUGGCCGAGAGAUAUUCGCUUCUUCCUCCAAGGAUCUCCUAUGGCCGCGGGGUUUGGGCUCCCGCGCCGCUGGAAGCCGCGCAUACAUUCCUCUCCAAUCGCGCCAAAUUGGAUCCGGAAGACGAUGCCUACUACAAGAAAUUCAUGUUCCGCAAGACAAUGGUGGUGGUGGCGUGCCUCCUCGCGGCGGUGGUGGUGGUGGCGCACUGGAGCACGGCUGUGAGGUUCCUCCUCUUCCUGCUACGCAGAUCCAGGAGAUCCAGAUCGUCAGCGAGGCGGGGAAGUGGCGGAGGGCAGGCGGCGGGGGAGGAGGAGGAGGAGGGCAAUGAGGAUCAUGGAAUGGUGGUGCUAGGGACAUUCAAAGCGCAGCAAGAGGACGCGGAUUCGCGGGCGCUCCGCCCGAUCCAGAUGGUCCAAUUCGGCAACAUGGGCAGCAGCCGCGGCGGGAGUAGCGGCGAGUGUAUGAUUUGCUUGAGCGAAUUCCACAGCAGCGAGAAGAUUGGGAUGCUCCCGGAUUGCGGCCAUGGAUUCCACCGCCCCUGCAUUGAAAUGUGGCUCUUCACGCACUCCAAUUGCCCGAUCUGCCGCCAUAGCCUCGUGGAAGAGCAAGCCUGAGAGAGAGAGAGAGAGAGAGAUCACUCUUUGGGGAAACCAAAAUCCCACGAUUGCAUCGAAUUGAUGGGCUCUUGGGCAGCUCCAAUUUCUCGGUUU